GUCAAGCCUUCUAAGCUUCUAUUCAUCUUCAUCUUUAUUCUCAUGAAUGCCGAGUGCAGUUCCUUUAUGAUGAACUGCUCUAAACCGGACGCACCCUCCCUGCUGGAGGCUCUCAGACCAGUUUUCAAUCUGAGCGCCAUUCGACCCGUCACGAAUAUAUCAACCAUCACGAAUGUCAACAUUUCCUUCAUCCUGUACGGCAUUUUGGGGGUGGAUGAAAAGGCCCAAAUCUUGACAACUUUAAUCUGGCAAUCUGUAAGUUGGAGAAACGAGUUCAUCUCGUGGGACCCACAACAGUGUGGUUCUUCAUCAAUCACAGUCCCAAGAAAACUACUGUGGGUACCAGAUGUGGUCAUUAAUGAAUUUAUGGAGAAGAACUCAGCUCCAUUCACUCCAUACAUCUAUGUGUAUUCUGACGGCCUUGUUAGUGAUGCACUACCUGUCAGAGUGGUCAGCUCCUGCAGACUGGACAUCUACAUGUUCCCGUUCGACAUCCAGAACUGCACCUUUAGCUUCAACUCCUACGUGUACCGCAAGUCUGCUCUACAGAUUGACCUCCCAGGGCAUGCAGGGGAAAUAUUUCAAAUGUCGAAAGAAAUGAUGACGACUAUGGGCGAGUGGGAACUAAUUGGCAUCACAGUGAAGAAAUUUGUUUUUAAUGCUGACUUUGAUAACUUUUAUGAGGAGCUUCGUUUCUAUGUGUCGAUGAAGCGUCGGUCCACCCUGUACGUGGUGAACCUGCUGAUCCCCAGCUGCUUCCUCAUCACAGUGGACCUCUUCAGCUUCCUGCUGCCUCCUCAGGCUGUGGACCGCUCCUCCUUCAAGAUGACCCUCAUCCUGGGCUACACCGUCUUCCUGCUCAUCAUGAACGACCUGCUGCCCGUCACAGGAAACACCAUACCUCUCAUGAAUGUGUUCCUGUCUCUGUGCCUGGGUCUGAUGGUGGCCAGUCUGCUGGAGACUAUCCUGAUCACCAACCUACUGUGCGGCUCCACUCAUUCUUCUGCAGUUCCUCACUGGAUCAGAGUACUUGUUCUCCAUAUCCUGGGCAAACUGGUGCGACUUCCUCCAAAGUCCAGAGAUCUACAAGACGUCACAGUUUCCUCUGUGGUGGAAGAGGGCAGCGAGGCUCCGGAGCAGAAAAGACCUCUGAAUGAGGACAAGGCCCUGGACGAGCUGAGGAGCCUGGGUAAGGAGCUCCAGGGUCUCCGCCUCCAGGUGGAGCAGCAUCUGGGUGGGAGCCAGAGUUCAGAGGAGUGGAUCCAGGUGGGUUGCAUCAUAGACCGCCUGCUGUUCGGCCUGUAUGUCCUCUUCAUAUCAGUCAGCUUCAUUACCAUCAUCAUCAUGUGGGCGCAGUAGUACAACUCCUGAUUUGACUAUUUCAUUUGGUUUGUUCUUAUUUUUAGAUGCAGGGUCACAUUAUUUACCCUGAUAAUUGUU